AAGCAAAAAUUUAAAUUAAGUACGCAUAACACAUACAACAUAACAUUUUAAAAAAUGUAAGCGAACAAAUUUACCAGAAAACAAGACUGAGAAAACAAGCAAACACAUUUAAUUGUAAUAUAUUAUUAUUAUUAUUUUAGUUUAUUUAAAAAAAUAUAUUUUUCAAUAUAAAUAAAGUUUAGAAUAAAAUGCAAAAUGGGUUUAUACUCAAUAAACCCACAUAUGAGGCUCUCAGCUUCUAUCUGUUUGCUCAAAAAUUAAUUUAAAAAAAAAUAAAGAUAGAAAAAAUUAAAAAUAAAGAAAGAAACAUAUUAUAUUCUUUGAAGAAAGUAUAUUUUUGCCUCAUCCAUCAGUGACAAAAAAUAAACAUCAUAAUUCCAAUUCUGCCACUAAUCACCCCUUUGUUAUCACACCAAACACGCACAUUUUUGAAAUCUAAAACAUUGGAGAUAUCAGAUGAGAUUAUAUAACUUUAUUGCUUUUUGGGGAAUUAUCAGAUGAAAACGGCAGGAGAAUGGUUAUUUAUGAUCCACGGGUUAAAACUUUGCCCCCUUUGGGGCUCUUUCCUCACCUCACAGUCGUCACAGCAGCAGUAUACUUUUACAACCGCGGGAAAGCUUCCUGCCUGUCAGGUAAAAAAAGAUGCGACGAGCCAGCAGCCUGUCAGUGUGAGCAGCACUCUGGCAUCAUCAUGACCUCGGCCUCGCUCCUGAUUCUGGUAGCCCUCGUUGGAGCCACACUAACAGGUUCUUAUGAGGCAAAGGUGAUAGAAAAAGGAGAUCAAUCUCAAAAGAUUCAGACAGAAAUGUAUAUUCCUGAGCUCUGCUCACCAACACCUGUCUCCUCAACUCAACCCACAUCAGUUCAUUCUCUGACUCCUGCCGAUGUCAAAGCGCUUUAUGUUCUGGGAAUUCCUGCCUCACAAAGAAGUGAAGCUUCCAGAGUUCUCAAUGGAUUAGCAGAGCUGCUCUCCAUGUUGAAUCCGGAGAUGACCACUGAGCAUGUGGAUGAGACCUUAAUGGAGUCCAGGAGUUUAUCAAAAGAAGCUCAGGACCUGGUACUCUCCAUUUCCCACCAGCAAACAGACUGGAAGGUUGUCCUGGUGCUCGUCCCUGCAGACGGGAUCUGUUCCUGCUCGCCACAGGUUGCUGACGAUAUUAAAAGUGCAGUUCAGGAAGUGGAAGCAGCUCUGCAGAUCUUGCAGGAGAAGUUGCAUCGCACUCUGAUCCAUGUGGCAGUCUGGAGUGGAUCUCAUGAUAAGUGUAAAUGUAUGACGGAGGAGGGCAUAAACCAGCGUCUUCAGAAAGCUAUUGUUCUGCAAGCACUUCAGAACUCGUUAAAUCAACUCUUAGAAAAUCCCAAAUGGGAAAGCAGAAAGGACGACUUUGCUGUUGUGAUGCAGUCCUCCCCAGUGAUCCUUGAAUCCGAGUCACCUGACGCAAACACGUGGGCUGUGCAGAAUGAAUUAGCUCUUCAGCUGUGGUCAAAUUUGCUCCAGGCAUCGACAAACCCGGCCCGGACCCUGGGUAUCCCCUGUCCCACAGUGGAGCGGCCUUUUCUGAGAACCCAGAUCAACUCCCCCACCGUGACUCUCAGAGACUCAUCACGAGCAGACAAUUUGGGUUCUGACUUAACCUGUGUUGAUCGAGCUCCAUCACCUACGACCCCCACAUCAGUUCAUGAGCUCCGGCCUGGAGACAUCAAGGUGGUUGGCACUCUAGGCGACUCUCUGACUGCAGCCAAUGGUGUGGGUGCAAAAACCGACAACAUUCUCCUCCUGCUUACCGAGUACAGAGGGCUGUCGUGGAGCAUUGGUGGUGAUGAAAACCUGACGACAGUGACAACUCUGCCAAACAUCCUGAAGGAGUUUAACCCCGCCGUGACAGGAUAUUCCACUGGGACUGGUAGCAAAGACAGUCCAAACGCCUUUCUUAAUGUGGCCGUACCCGGAGCACAGAGCGAUGACAUGGUGUCUCAAGCACGCGCUCUGGUGGACAAAAUGAAAAAUGAUGAGCGCAUCGAUUUCAACAAUGACUGGAAAGUCAUCACUAUGUUCAUUGGUGGCAAUGACAUCUGUGAUUACUGCAAGAACAGCAUCCAGUACUCGGCUCGGAAUGUGGUCAUCCGGAUCAGUCAGGCUCUGGACAUUCUCCACCAAGAAGUUCCCCGAGCUAUUGUCAAUCUGGUGGAGAUGUUGUACAUCUCACCUCUGCGUGAGCUGCACAAUGACCCCUCUUUGGGAUGUCCCACCUGGUUUGUGGGCAUAAUUUGUUCCUGCAUAGUUAAACCCCAAGAGGAUUCAGCAGAAGUUCAGCAGAUCCAUGAGUUGAAUCGAGCUUACCAGCUCGCUAUGAGACAGCUGAUUGACAGCGGUCGCUAUGACACACAUGACAACUUCACCGUGGUGCUGCAGCCUUUCUUUAGAGACGUUGUACUCCCCAGAUUACCCGACGGCCGGCCUGAUCGCUCUUACUUUGCCCCUGACUGUUUUCACCUCAGCCAGAAAGCGCACACCGCCAUGGCUCAGGCUCUCUGGAACAACAUGUUAGAACCAGUGGGAGACAAGACGUUCACUCAGAACUUCACAGAAGGCCUUGAAUUGAAAUGUCCAUCAGAGACAAAUCCAUUCAUACGAACUGCUAAUAACAGCGACUACACCUAUAAAGGACCUCCACCCACUCCUGCUCCGGCCACAAACUGGGGAAGCGACUUCGCUUGUGUUAACACAGCUCCAUCUAACACUGUCCCCACUUCCGCUCACAAAGUACGACCAGGUGACAUCAAGGUAGUGGGUGCUCUGGGAGACUCCUUAACGGCCGGUUUUGGAGCCAGAGCAGAGAACAUUUUAGGGCUGCGGAACGAGGACAGAGGCGUGUCGUGGAGCAUUGGAGGGGAUGAAACUCUUGAGACGGUCACAACUCUGCCAAAUAUCCUCAAGAAGUUUAAUCCUAAUAUCAAAGGAAUGUCAUUUGGGGUUGGAAAAGAACAAACAGGCUUUAACAUGGCGAUCUCUGGGGCAAAAAUCUCAGGCAUCCCAGGGCAGGUCAGAAAUCUGAUUGACAACAUGAAAGCUGAUCCUAGUGUGGAUUUUGAGAAUGACUGGAAGCUUGUGACCCUCUUCAUCGGAGGCAAUGACCUGUGCCAGUACUGCACUGACCGGGCCUCCUAUUCACCGAAGAACUACAGCCAUCACAUGAUGACAAGCUUGGAUAUGCUGUAUGAAGAGGUUCCACGAAUAAUUGUGAACGUCUUGGAGAUUUUGGAGAUCGAAGGCCUUCGCAAGAUUAAGAAGAACACAUUGGGAUGCAACUUGAUACAACAGUUUGUGUGUCCCUGUUUCCUGGACCCUGGAGAGGAUUCUCCAGAGCUGGCUGAGGUCAAACGGGCCAAUCGGCAGAUGCAGGUCGAGACUGCAAACCUGGUUUAUGGGGGUCGCUACAAUGGCAGAGAAGACUUUGCCGCGGUUGUCCAGCCGUUUUUCAGAAACUCCAUCCUUCCUCUAGAUGCUGAUGGGAAACCUGAUACUACCUACUUCUCUGUGGACUGUUUCCACUUUAGCGAACGAGGACAAGCUGACAUGGCGGCCGCCCUGUGGAACAAUAUGAUGGAGCCAGUUGAUGACAAAAUGACAUACAACAAUUUCCGAAAUAACAGAAGCAACAUUAAAUGCCCGACAGAGGAGCAUCCUUACAUCUUCACUCAGGUGAACAGCAUGCCCACUUUGAGCACAACCAAAGCUCCAGGUCUUUCCACAAUGGUCCCACCACAGAGCACAGACGAGUCCUUUAAGACCGAUUGCUCAGGGAAAGUGGAAGCAUGGGUCGCCGGUGUGGUGGCUGUCGUCGGUCUGCUGGUCGGCAGCGCCGUCGUUGGACUCUUCUUCUACUGCAAAAACAAGAAAAGCAAGAAGAAGCGAUCUGGAGUGGAGAUGAAGGGCACAACAUUUUGAAAUGUUCCAAACCGUCCUCAGAAAUCCAAAAUCGCUAAAAACAAUAACAACCACCACAUUAUUUAAAGUGACUUUGGGAGGUGUAUUUGCUUAGUUAAAGUGUUUUUUAUGUAACAUUUAGUGAUGUAGAUUUAAUAACUGGGCGCCUCUCAACCACAAUUUCUGAAAAACAAACAAACAAACAAAAAAUAAACAGAUGCAGAUGUAACUUAAGAAGGAAUCAAUUCCAACCUGAAGUACAUAAAAUCGCAGUAAGAGGUUUACGGUGAAAAGUGUUUUUCCCAUAUUUAUACAUUACUGUUGCUUUAAGUUUAAAUGAAUAUUUAAACGUUGUAGCUGGUCUAGCAACAAACUCUAAAAGCACAUAAUUACAACCUAUGCUAAUUUGCAAACAAAAAACAUGAAUGCACUUAUUUUUGUUUUUGUAAACACAUACUAAUUACCAUAGAGCGUCAAUGAGAUUUUUAGCGAUUGUCAAAAAACUUGCCAAAAAAUUGAAUUCAACCAAAGUAAGGCUAACUAAGUUGUAAUUUUCUUUUUCUAUUCAAGAAAACAAUUGCUUGUUUGUUCUUUUCAAAAGUGGUUUGGAGAGGGUAAACUAAGAGCUGCAUCUACUAUGUGAUAUAGACAGGUUGUCAAGGAAACAUCUAAAAGUACAAAAUAUCACCAAAUAAUAAUAAUACAUGCAGCAGAGCGGCUUAGACUGCAAUUAUGAGGUUUAUUAACAGGUAUACAGUCUGCAGUCAUAAAAACACUAGAACAUUUGUUAUGACCACUCUCCAAUCAGUCAUCUUUUUCCAUUUAUUUGAUUUUACAAACUAAAAAGAUGUCAGUUGUGUCUUAAUUGAUCCUUAACUAAUAGUUUUUAGUCUCCUUGUGUGAGACUAAAACUGUAAUCCUACUAUAUAACAUCUAAGAUUUUGGAGAAUAUGGUCAAUUACUGUUUAUUAAUGGGAAUUCCUGUAUAUAGUAACAUAAUUUAUUAACUAAAUUAAAAUCUGCAUUUUAGUGCAUUUUGUACAAAAGGUAUUGCACACAAUCAGUUACAGUAUUUUUUUGUCUGCACAAAAUUUUACACAAUCAUUGAAACUAAUGUUGAUUCAAUCGUUGUAUUGGAGGUCAUCGUUAAUUUCCUUCCUUUGUUAAAUGUGUUAAAUGAAGUAAGUUAUUCUGUUUAUUUACCAUUCCUUUCAAAUCAAGUGCAAUGAAUGUAAUUUAAAAACAUGAGCACAAAUGACAAAAGUAUAUUUAGUAAAGUUUUUUUUUAUCUUGACUGUGUUCAUUUUUAAUUAAAGUCUACAAACAUCCA